AAAACACUUAAGCUUUUCAUCCCGGGGAACAUUUCCUUUGUCAAAAGAUAACUGGAUUAUAGUCAACUUUAUAACUUAUUUCUUUCAAAAUGGACUCUUCUUAUGAUGAGUCCAAAGCAUUGGAAGACGUGGUAAGACAUGUGGAUCCUUCAUACACAGGGCCUGCUGAAUCAAACAUGGGACCACAAAAUGUCUCUUCAGGAGAAACCAACCUUGAGAGCUUUCUUGAUGACUUGGGGUUGAAACAAUUCUACAGUAAUAAACUUUCAUUGAGUACUAUUCUAGAGAUAGACAAGAGGUCAGUGACAGAUGACCCAGCCCAGUCCCUAUCAGACUUACCAUGGCUUUUUCUCAAGAAACUCAUGAUGGUAAAUGUGACCACAAGAAGUGUCAAAUUUGCUCCAACAACUGAUCUGUCACCUGAUGACAGACAAGACUCAUCAAACUUGGACCUAUACCGUCACCUGGACAACCUAAUCGUAAACCAGGACUCUAGUCAAAAAGUGAAUCCUUUAGAUAUUGUGACUGCUUUCUUCCAUUGCUCAGAUGGCUUUCUCCAACAGGAAAUGGCUUUGAAAAUGUCAAUGUGUCAGUUCUCUGUGCCUCUGCUUCUUCCCCACUGUGACUCAGAGCAGAGCACACUCAUGCUUUGGGCCUUGAGAGACAUUGUGAAGAAGUUUAGACCACACUCCUUAUCUGAUCCCAGAGGGUUUGUGGAAGAAAGGAUUAUUGAAACUAACCUACCCUUAGUGUCCUUUGUAAGACUUGGCGAUUGCAGCAUUUCCAAAUCUCAAGUUCUGAACAAGUUGCUGAGUAAUCCACAGCAGUACCAUGACACCUUCAUACACCAUGACAUGGACUGUGGAGAUGUACCAAGGAAAAUUUCAAAUGGCUUGGUGGAGCUUAGUUGGUAUCUGCCAUGUGGAAACAAAAACAUUGACAUCUUUCCUGAACCUGUGGCUGUUGCAAACUUAAGAGGAGACAUUGUCAAAUAUGACGCUCAGUAUUCAUUCCUUUGUCAGACAUCUACUGCAGUUUUUGUGUUCUUUGACAACUUGGAUUCAAAUCACAGCCUACUUACGAAACAGCAUGUUAAAGGUCAGUUGUAUUUUGUAGCUAAUGCAAACACCAAAUCCUUUAAUAUUGCUUCUCUGAAAAAAAACUGCUGAACAGUUGAAAUUGAAACCAACAAACAUCAUCUUAAAAUACAAACAAAA